UUUAUUAAAGCAGCAAACUUCACUAAGAAAAUUGGCUCGCUUGUGUGUUGGGGCUUGCGAAUUGUUAUAAAUUUUUCCGUUGCCAUAAGGAAUAUCUGAAAUUUUAAUAAAAGGUUUUUUUUUGUUGCCUUUAGCGAUUUUGUCUACUUUUCGCAUUUGUGUUGCAGAACUGCAGCUGUUAAUUAGCGCCUUUUAAUUGUAGAACAACAAACGGAAAAUGGUUGAUCGAAGCGAUAAUGCCGAAUCCUUCGAUGAUGCCGUAGAGGAACGCGUUAUAAAUGAAGAAUAUAAGAUCUGGAAAAAAAAUACACCUUUUUUGUAUGAUUUGGUUAUGACACAUGCUCUUGAGUGGCCAUCACUAACUGCGCAAUGGUUACCCGAUGUAACAAAACAGGAUGGAAAAGAUUAUUCAGUGCAUCGUCUAAUUUUAGGCACUCAUACAUCAGAUGAACAAAAUCAUUUGCUAAUAGCUAGUGUUCAGUUGCCUAAUGAAAAUGCACAAUUUGAUGGUUCACAUUAUGAUAAUGAAAAAGGUGAAUUUGGUGGCUUUGGAUCAGUUUGUGGCAAAAUUGAAAUUGAGAUAAAAAUUAAUCAUGAGGGCGAAGUAAAUCGUGCACGGUACAUGCCACAAAAUCCUUGUGUUAUUGCUACAAAAACGCCGUCAAGUGAUGUUCUUGUCUUUGAUUAUACCAAACAUCCAAGUAAACCGGAGCCUUCAGGUGAAUGUAAUCCCGACUUACGUCUACGCGGUCAUCAAAAAGAGGGUUAUGGCUUAUCUUGGAAUCCAAAUUUAAAUGGAUAUUUACUUUCUGCUUCUGAUGAUCACACUAUAUGCUUAUGGGAUAUAAAUGCUACUCCUAAAGAACAUCGUGUUAUCGAUGCUAAGAACAUUUUCACUGGUCACACUGCUGUUGUGGAAGAUGUAGCUUGGCAUUUGUUGCACGAAUCAUUAUUUGGGUCUGUAGCCGAUGAUCAGAAACUUAUGAUUUGGGAUACUCGUAACAACAACACAUCAAAACCAUCUCACACUGUUGAUGCACACACAGCAGAAGUAAAUUGUUUAAGUUUUAAUCCUUAUUCAGAAUUCAUCUUAGCCACUGGUUCAGCUGAUAAAACUGUAGCCUUAUGGGACUUGCGUAAUCUCAAAUUAAAACUACAUUCCUUUGAAUCGCAUAAAGAUGAGAUCUUUCAAGUUCAGUGGUCACCACAUAAUGAAACAAUCUUGGCUUCGUCGGGCACUGAUCGACGUCUUCAUGUUUGGGAUUUGUCUAAAAUUGGGGAAGAACAAAGUACUGAGGAUGCAGAGGAUGGUCCGCCUGAAUUACUUUUUAUACAUGGAGGUCACACUGCGAAAAUAUCAGAUUUCUCUUGGAAUCCAAACGAACCAUGGAUAAUUUGCUCGGUAUCAGAAGACAACAUCAUGCAAGUAUGGCAAAUGGCGGAAAAUGUUUAUAAUGAUGAGGAACCAGAAAUUCCGCCUUCGGAAUUGGAAACUUGUACCGCUUAAUUCAAUUCGAAAGUUUUUUUUUAUAAUUUAUUCAACAAUUAAUGUAACAAAACACGUAUGCUUGUAUUCAAAAGGAAAUUAAAGAUAUAAACUA